AUGGCUCACACUUCCUACCGUCUUCGUUGUCAACUGUACGGACAUGAAUCAGAUGUACGUUCUGUAUCAACAAUAACAGAAUACGAUGGUAUUGUUAGCGGAUCGAGAGAUAAAACUUCACGAAUCUGGCGUCCGACUGAUAAAACUUCCUUUGAACAAAGAACAGUUCUAAAAGAUCAUACAAAUUUUGUUAUCGCUACAUGUUAUAUUCCCUCCAAUAACCAAUUUCCUGACGGGUUAAUUAUUACAGGUGGUAAUGACAAGAAAAUCUGUGUUUAUUCCGCCAAACAGGGCAGUCAUCUAUUCACACUAGAAGGACAUGAACAGACAGUUGCAUGUUUAUCUCCUGUACCACAAAGCGAUCUUCUAUUAAGUAGUUCGUGGGAUACAACUGGACGUGUUUGGUCGUUAUCGAGCAAACAAUGUGUACAAGUUCUACAAGGUCACAGCAAAGCUGUCUGGGCAAUUCUAUCUAUGAACGAUAGUGCGGAUAAUUCGAAGAUCAUCUUGACUGGUGGGGCUGAUAACAUUAUUCUAGCGUGGAAAAAUCAAACAAGAACCCAUACGUAUCAAGGUCAUACAAACUGUGUUCGAUCGCUAUUAGCAUUGAAUGCGCAAGAAUUUUUGUCUUGUUCGAAUGAUUUUACGAUAAAACGAUGGAAUUUAAAUUCGAGUCAAUGCUUACAGACCUAUGAAGGUCACACAAGCUUUGUGUAUAGUAUUGCAAUGGUUUCUCCCGAUCGGUUUGCAUCUGUGAGUGAAGAUCGGUCAUUACGUUUAUGGUCAAUAGGUAAAAGUGAUUCAAUUCAAACUAUUCGACUCCCAUCAGGAACUGUUUGGAGCGUUUGUUCAUUGACUAAUGGCGAUGUUGCAGUCGGAUGCAGUGAUGGACGUAUUUGUGUUUUCACCCAAGAUGAAUCACGAAUGGCAAACAUGGAAGAGAUCGCCGGAUUUGAACAAGAAAUUGCUUCUACUACUAUUCAAACAAAAACGGGCGAUUUAGGUGAAGUGAAAAUUGAUGAUCUACCAAAUGAAGAUGCAUUGAAAAAGCCAGGAACUCGUGAAGGUCAAACGACGAUGAUUAAUAAAGGCGACGGUCGUGUUGAAGCGUACCAAUGGAAUAUGCUUGAUCAACGAUGGAUGAAAAUCGGUGAUGUGGUCGGCUCAGCCGAUAGUACAGCACAAGGACAAGCAUCAGCAACUGGUGAAAAGAUUCUGUUCGAAGGAAAAUACUAUGAUUAUGUCUUCAAUGUGGACUUGGAUGAAGGUGUUCCGUUGAAACUUCCCUAUAACGUCUCAGACGAUCCAUGGUUUGCUGCCCAAGCAUUUAUACAUCGACAUGAUUUAAAUCAAAUGUUUCUCGAUCAAAUAGCGCAAUUCAUCAUUACAAAUACGAAAGGAAUGGUUAUUGAUCAAAGAGCAUCGGAUUUUGCAGAUCCAUUCACUGGGGGAGGACGCUACGUUCCAGGUGGCUCAACAGAAAAAAGUACAAGUACCGCUCAAAAAAGUAACCAUGAUCCAUUUACAGGUGCUGGACGUUACGUUCCGGAUGGCCAAGCCUCUACCACGAAAAAACCAAACAAUAUCAAUCAAGAUCCAUUCACAGGUGCUGGACGUUAUGUUCCAAAUGGUGAUAAUAAUCAAUCGUCGAGACCAUUAUCAGCUUCACAAUCAUCUGUUAUAAAAUCAGAUAAAGACGUCGAACUAUCGGCGACGUUUCCUCAAACUCAAUAUGUUACUAUGAGUAAUGCCGAUACCGCAAAAAUUCUAGGUAAACUCAAAGAAUUCAAUGAAAGUGCGGCUGGUGAUGUUGGUCUUCGUUUAACCGAUGUUCAAUUACAAGAAAUAGAUGGAUUAGCUAAUGGAAAUAUCGAUAACCUCGAAGAAAAGUUCACUCUUCUCUUUCAACUACUCAAAUGGCCUAUAAAUAAAAUCUUUCCAAUAUUAGAUAUUAUUCGUUUGCUCGUUCUUCAACCAAAUGUAUGCAAAUACUUGUUCGAAACUGAAGUGCGUUCGAACCAAUUUAUUUCCGAACUGUUCUCCUUUCUUCAACCUGAUCAGCCGGCAAACAUCAUGUUAAUAUUUCGCACAUUAACCAAUUUAUUUUCGAAUGAUUUAGGCGAAAAAUAUCUGAUCAAAAACAGCAAUUCAAUCUUAGCUAAAACAUUGAUUUACCUCCCAUUGGCGAAGAAAAAUACACAAGUAGCAUUGACAAAUGUGAUCUUAAACUAUUGUAUUUACGCUUAUCGAAGUAAUGAUCAACGUCUUUCGAAUUAUUUAUACGAAUGUUACAAAGAAUUUGUCGAUAUUCAGUUGGAAUCGGACGGUGCUCGACGACUCUUACUCGCCCUAGGUACAUUGUUUCUAACCAAUGCCGAAAUUGUUCUCAAUGUUCAAACAACCUCUGAUAAUAGUGCGAAACGGUUUUUUUCUGCAUUGGAAAAAUCAGCGUCGCAGUUUACUGCCGAAACACUCGAAUGCUUUGAGCGAUGUCGUGCACUUGUUAAAAGUUUGUGA